CUGGUCUCCGCAGUCACUCACUCUCUUUACCACAAUACAACAAAUCAAACGACACUAUGCGUUGACAAUGGGGAAUGCCAACAGCUCCCAUAAGAUCUCCGCUCAGGAUCGAGCGAUCCUCGACCUCAAGAACCAACGCGACAAGCUCCGCCAGUACCAGAAGCGGAUCACCGUGCUGACGGACCGGGAGACGGCGAUCGCUAAGGAAUGCCUGGCGCGGGACGACCGCAAGCGCGCCCUGCUGGCCCUGCGCCGCAAGAAGUACCAGGAGUCGCUGCUGGAGAAGACCGACAAGCAGCUGGAGCAGCUGGAGCAGCUCACGGGCCAGAUUGAGUUCGCGCUGGUGCAAAAGGACGUGCUCUUCGGCUUGCAGCAGGGCACCCAGGUGCUGCAGACCAUCCACCGGGAGAUGGGCGGGAUCGAGGGGGUCGAGAAGCUGAUGGGCGAGACGGAGGAGGCACGGGCGUAUCAGGAGGAGAUCAGUCAGAUGCUUGCGGGUCGUCUGUCCAGGGAGGACGAAGACGAGGUCGAGGAGGAGUUGGAGGAGCUGCAGCGCCAGGCGCAGGGGCCGGUGGUCUUGCCGAAUGCGCCGGUCUCGUCGCUUCCCGAGGUUGGAGAGGAGGAGACAGAGGCAGAGGCAGGAGAAGCGCAGGCCGAGUCAUUAUCCAGUGGACGAAAGGUCAAAGCCGAAGAGCGGACCGCUGUUCUUGCAUGAAACCACUCAUCACGUUGUCCAGUCCAUAUAAGUGUCAGCAUUUCUGGAGUUCUGGGUUCUUGUCCAUGGGUCAUCAUCACAUUCCGUCAUAUCAUUAGAUAGCUCAAGCUAGUUCAAUGUUAC